AUGAAACUUUUGGUCAGUAAGGCGAAAGAAAAAGCUCGGUUGGAAGAAGAGGAACGUCUUCAGCGAGAACGUUUAGCCCGUCAGCGUGAUCAACAACAGACCGCAGCGGCGCAGCGCCGUUUAGCCGUGGCAGCUACCCUUCCGCGUGAGCCCCCAGCACCGAACACACCCGCGGCCCAGGCGUUCCUGGCUAGACCCGAAGGUGCUGCAGGAAUCACAUCGUUGCGAUUCCGACUACCGCGGACUGCGACAGCUUCCAACUCAGAUCAGAAUCAGACAACCCUACUUCGUCGUUUCGCCGGUCUGGACAAACUUCAGACAGUAUUGGAUUACGCGGAAUCUCAGGGAUAUCCAGUUUCUGAUUAUAAAUUGCUCACAACGUAUCCCAGACGAGAUGUCGCGUUACAGCCUAUGACAGUCCACGGUCCAUUUGCGUUCCGCAGCGGAUUACGCGACAAGCAAGGUUGGGUCCUUGUGACGAAAUUGGGAAUGAAUCGGGAAUACUAUUGA